AUGGCGUACGUGUGCACCCUACGUUCCGAUAUCCUUGCGACGGUCCAUGUGAACGUCAAUGGCCUUAUUCCGUCGUCGCGCGGAUUCGAAUAUCUUUACGAUAGAACGAUCAACGCCCCAAACAAGGUGCCUCAAUACCAGCGAUUCUACCAGCAGGCUUACAACCAGCAUACCCGACUCUGGAAGAUCAACCCGCGAAGCAACUACCUACUUGUCCCUUAUCAGGUCCUACUCUGGGGCACUUUCGGAGCCUCUAUGUACAUGAUGGGACGUAAGAUUCUAGGCUACAAUACGUGGUUCGGCAAGAACUAG